AUGAUGUCUUUUGGCGCCGAAGCUGACUUACACAGGAAGAGACGGAGAAUAUGCGAGGUCAAAGUGAUUAGUCUCAGAGAACUUUGCAGGGCUGUGAUCAUAAAAAACACAGGAUUGCGACGACUUCGAAAAGCGCGUAAAAAACUGCCUCUGCCGCAACAUUUAAUUGACUUUUUGACAUCGGAUUUCAGCUUCCGAGAGUUCGAGGCACAAAGCUUAAAUCUCUCCAGAGAUAUGCGGGUCCAUUGUAUCUAUCCAACUAGGAGUUUGUUGGAUAAUUCCAAGGUUCUGCUAAAGUGCAUCAACGCCAAGACUUUCAAUUCUUCAAGUUCUUCUCGUCUCCUUAAAAGAUGGGCCGAAAUUCGCCACAAGAACAUCAUGCGAGUGUUGGUUUUGUUCAGGGAACGAGAAACUAUAGGGGUCGUCCUAGAGCCAUUUUCACCGAGUCUCUACGAUCUGGUCCACAAAUAUCGCAGCGCUGGGGUAAAAUUUUCCGAGGAACUUUUGUGGAAGAUGCUGCAUCAAAUCUGCGAUGCCUUGUGGUAUUUACAAAGAUGUCAGAUUGUGCACACGGAGAUUCAAAGCAAGACGUUGUCUCUUUCGAAAUCAGGAGAUAUUUUGCUUCACAAUCUCCUUAUUUACACUCCUAGUGAGACAGAGCUUAAUGUAUGCGUUGAUGGUAAAUAUUCUUUUCACGGGAUCUAUGUUGCUCCGGAGAAAAUUCGAGGAGAGAGAUAUUCGAGCAAACAAGACGCUUGGGCGCUGGGAUGCGUUGCUUUCGAAAUGGUUUUCUUGGAACCAGCGUUUCCGCUGCGACCGGGUGGAAAUAUUUUUGAAACUUUGAAUAACAUCGUUCAUGGGGUUUCACCUACAACACUCGAUGAAGCAGAUAAAAACUCAAACAGAUCCGACACAGGGGAUUUAAUUCGUUCUUGUUUGAUGCCCGAUCCAUGGUUGAGGCCAUCGAUCGAAGAUCUAUUUCAUUUUACAAGAGAGCGAAUGCGACAAACACGACCAAAUUAG